AUGAAGCGCAACAGCAGGCCAGAGCUUCAGCAGCGCCCAGUCGAGGCUGUAAUCGACCUUACCGCCUCCGACAGCGACUCGGAUGAGGACAUCAUCGAUCUGAGCCGCCGCCUCUCCGCCCUCAAGCCCCCUUCCGCACAAGGGGCCCGCAAACCGACUCUUGCCCAACCUGCACCGGCUGUGGCCCGCCGAUCUUCUUCUUCUUCUUCUUCAACUACCUCGCUACGCGGCUCCUCUCUUCACCCAUCGCGGCCCGCCCAGCCGCCCCGCACCUCCAUCAUGCUGCCCAUCGAGGCCGUAACGACACCCGCUACAACAACUGCGCCCAAGGCCAGCAGCACCACGAGUCGAGGCGGCGCAGUCGUCGAUCCGUCGUUCGCGUUCCCCGUGUUCGCCGCGUCGACGUCGCGCACCAAGCUGCCGCCGGUCAACUUGGCCGAGGUACGGCGGCUCAACAGCCAGGCGUCGCUCCAGGCGGCCGGCAGGGAGCAGCUGCAGCGGGAGCAGGCCCUCGCGAAGGAGAGCGAGGAGGACAACGUCAUCCGCCUGCUACGAGAGACGCUGCGCAUCAGCGACGGCGGCUCCUCUGAUGCAAAAGCCGCGAGCGGCGGUGCUGCUGCAGCGAAUGACCAGUCGUCAUCGUCGACGACUACCGUGGGCCAGCUGGGCCAGGACCUCACUGUCACUCUGCUGCCUUACCAGCUGGACGGUGUGAAGUGGAUGGUGGACAACGAGUCCAGUGCGACGGCCAUCAAGGGCGGCAUCCUGGCCGACGACAUGGGUCUCGGCAAGACGGUAACCGGCGCCUGGACACCCUCUCAAAUUCCCAAAUCGCUCACGAUACAAGUGAUCGCGCUCUACCUCGCACACCGCACUGCGCGGCGAAAGCCGAUGCUGGUGGUCUGCAUGCUGUCCACCCUCAACCAAUGGCUGGACGAAAUCACGACGCGCAUCGCGAAGCGCAAGGCCGCGCGGGUGCUCACCUACUACGGCUCCGGGCGAUCGCAAUCGAAGGAGCUCGUAGAAUCAUACGACAUCGUGCUCACUACUUACGGCACGUUGGCCGCCGAGUUCAAGGGGAAGGGAACCGACGCCAAGGCUAAGACCGCGGCGAAGCCCUCUCUCCUCGCUAGCAUCCACUGGUGGCGUGUGGUACUCGACGAAGCCCACUUGAUCAAGAACAAGAAGACCAAGACGGCCAUGGCCGCCCACCAGCUGCAGGCCGAGCAGCGCUGCCUCGACGAUCUGUACAGUCUGUUGUGCUUCCUGCACGUUCCCGUCGUGAGCGACCUCGACUGGUGGAACACCUACAUCGUCAAGCCGUCCAAAGCCAAGGCCACCAGCACGCGAGAAAAGGCCAGGCGGCGCCUGCAGCUCAUUCUCCAAUCUCUUCUGUUGCGAAGGACCAAGGAUCAGUCGUACAACGGGCGCCCGAUCCUGCAGCUGCCUACAAAGACAAUCACCCUGCGCGCCACCACGUUCUCGGCCGAUGAGCGUAUCGUCUAUGACGACCUGUUCAACAAGGCCAAGAACACGUUCAACAAGUACGCGCGAGACGGCACAGUGCUCAACAACUACAUGAAGGUGCUCGAGCUGCUCCUGCGAUUGCGGCAGGCCUGCGACCACCCUGCGCUCGCCCUCAAAGGCAAAGCAGCUGCGCCGUCGGGCGAGGAGGACGUGUGUCCGAUCUGCGUGCAGCCGCUGGAAGAGGACGCGGUGGUGGCGUCCAAGUGUCGACACCGAUUCUGCGCCGACUGCAUCGCGAGCCAGCUGGCCUCUGGCGAGAGCCGCUGCCCGACCUGUGACGUCGCCAUCGACUCCGACAAGCUCCUCCCACUUUCCUCUUCUCCCAAGCUGAAUGGACGAGAACGACCGGUGGCUGAGGAGGCGGAGGAGCACAGCAGCGCCAAGAUUGAGGCUUUGAUGAAGGCGCUGACCAAGGUCCGAGAAGAGCGCCCGGGCGAGAAGAGCAUCGUCUUCUCGCAGUUUACGUCAUUCCUGGAUCUCAACCACCGAAUGCAAGCCAUCGAGCGAUUCAACACGGACCCACGCGUUUCCGUGAUGCUCAUCUCGCUCAAGGCCGGCGGCACGGGGCUCAACCUGACGGUGGCCAACCACGUCUUCCUGCUCGACCCCUGGUGGAAUCCUUUCACUGAGGUGCAGGCCAUCGAUCGCGUGCAUCGACUGGGGCAGACACGCCCAGUGUCGGUGACGCAGUUCGUGAUCAAGGACUCGGUCGAGGAGAAGAUCAUCAAGAUGCAGGAGCGCAAGAAGGCCCUCGCCGCCGACGUCCUCUCGUCCGAUACCAACAAGAAGGCCAGCCUCUCCCGCCUCAGCGUUUCGGAACUGCGCCACCUCUUCUCCGACUGA